UGAUUGGUUGUGUGUUUUCCGUUGCAAACUAAGAGCGCAAACAAACGAUUAGACGUUUGAAACGAUUCACUCAUUCAUUGAAAUCAAUUGUUUUAAUCAUUUUUAUUAUCAAACGAUUUAUUGAUUAAUUUAAUUAUUAAUUACUUGUUAUACUUAUUUCAUUCAUCUGUAUUGACCAUCGAUGGCCCCAAUUCGGCCUAAAACCCCAUUCAAGAAGUCUGGACCUCCGACUCGACCCAAACCUCCGAAUCCAAACAAUGUGUCCAACAAAGAGCCGGUCGAAGUGUUUUGCAGAUUACGACCCGUUAAUGUUUAUACCGAUGACAUUGUGAUCGAGAAAGUGGCUAAUAAUAACCACAUCAUUAGAGUGCGGCCACCAAAUGGCGUCCAACGAUCCGAACUUUUCUUUAAAUUCAAACACGUUUUUACUGAUAAUACCAAUCAAAAGGAUGUCUUUGAAAACAUAGCUUUUCCUUUAGUUACCGAUUUGGUUAACGGCAAGAAUGGUCUUUUAUUUACAUAUGGAAUAACUUCUUCGGGAAAGACCUAUACAAUAGUUGGCACACCAGAAGAGCCGGGAAUACUUCCCCGUUCUUUAGAUGUUUUGUUUAAUACACUGAUUAAUAACAAUAUCCAAAGCCGUAAAUAUGUUUUCAAACCGUCGGACUCCAACUACUUUACCAUUCAGUCCUCUCCCGAUGCCAUACUUCAAGCCCAACGAGAGAAUAAAGUAUUUAAGACACCCUCAGCGCCCACUUAUUCUACGCCUUCACGUACUCCACGAUCGGCCAAAAAGAAAGAGAAUAACGAAGAAUGGGAACAACGACUUAUUGAAUCAAAAGUUAUUGAAGACAUUUGUUGUGAUAAUCAUUACGCAAUUUUUAUUUCUUAUGUCGAAAUUUAUAACAAUUAUAUCUACGAUUUGUUGGAUGAAAAAAUUGAUUCGGUAUUAAACACACGUCAGCCACAGUCUAAAGUAUUACGUGAAGAUUCGAGACGUCGAGUUUAUGUCCACACCGGUACUGAAGUUGAGGUCAAAAGUGCUAACGAAGCGUUUGAAUUGUUUAUCAAAGGUGUCCGCCGGCGACGUAUUGCUCACACAAAUCUUAAUACUGAGUCCAGUCGUUCUCAUAGUGUGUUUACUAUUCGUGUGGUUCAGGCGCCUCUCGAUGCUAAUGGUGCUGAAGUGCUUCAAGAUAAUCGCUUUCUAACCAUUAGUCAGUUAUCUAUUGUUGAUUUGGCCGGUAGUGAGCGGACAAUUAGGACAAAAAAUACAGGCGAUAGACUUCGUGAAGCCGGUAAUAUUAACAACUCAUUAAUGGGUUUAAGGAACUGUAUUGAUAUCUUAAGAGAGAAUCAAACUACUGGUGCAAAUAAAGUAGUUCCUUAUCGAGACAACAAAUUGACACAUCUGUUUAAGAGUUACUUUGAAGGCGAAGGAACUGUCAAAAUGGUUAUUUGUGUGAAUCCAUCGGCUUCUGAAUACGAUGAGACUCUUCAUGUUAUGAAAUUUGCCGAAACAUCACAAGAAGUGAUGAUAAAUAAAGCAAUGAAUCGAUUUAAUAUUAGACAAACGUAUCCCAAAUUAUGCGAUAACAUAGGCUCUGUAAACUUGGCCGCAAUUAAUAUUAUUGGACCAGCUUUUCCCACAUGUUUUCUUGAAGAUCCUGAAGAUGAUUCAGUUUAUCCCCAAUGGAUUGAAUGCCUUCAACAAAGACAGAGAAAUAAGGACGAAACGUACGAAAAACUCAAACAAAAUCAACUGAUUGUUAGACAAAGAGUUGCCGCUAUGGAGAAUGAGAAUAUGUUUCUUAAACAACGGGUCGCUACUAUUGAAAUGGAUUUAACAGCCAGAGAGGGACAGAUCAAAGAGAUGGAGAACAAAUUGGUUCAUAAAGAAAGAUCAGAUGAUAUCUACAAGAAAAAGAUAUCAGACUUGCAGAAGGAAAACCAAAUGUUACGACAAAAUUUUAAUGACAAAUCUCAAGAAGUAUUUGCAUUAGAAGAAAAUGAAAAGACAAUCAAAACCGUAUGGAAACAGAGAUUGGAAUCAGAAAGACAAAGACUUAAAGAUGUCUUUGAACACGUGAUUACAGAAAUGCAAAGAAAAACUGAAAGACAGAAAAUGAUUGAUAAAAAUAAGAUGAAUUUGGCUAAAGAAAUAUUGAACUCCGACUUAGAUAUUGAUUAUUUCAGAGACUAUUUUAAUCGUGAAUUUUACUCAGCCUUUAAACCGUCUAACGCACCAAAUGUUCACUCAAAUGGUAUCGAUAGUCAGGCCAGUACUCAAACACCUCAACAAACGAAACGAUCAAAGACUGAAUACGAUUUACACGCAUAUGGAUCACCAUAUAUUGGUUCCAACACUCCUCAAACGCUAACCAGUGUUGGAGGAGACGGUACUUCAUUACAUAAACCUCCUGUUGUAAAUCCAAGACACCGACGCUCACUAUCGACUGGUAAUGAAAAAUGGAUAGAUCACAGACCUCCCGGUACUAUUGAAUUGGGAACUGUUCUUCAGCCUCAUAUCAAAAAUAGAAAAUCUGUUUCUAAAUUGAAAUCAUCAGAUAUUCUUAGAGAUGCCUCGAAGUAUGCAUUGACACAUCACGAGGCAAACUGUGAUGGAGAGGUCGAAACACAAGUAUUCAAAGGAGAGGUAAUUCCGUCGAGCACUGGCGGCGCACAAGUUAUCUUCAAUGAUAUCGAGACUCUAAAACAGAGUUCUCCUCCCGGAGCCAGAAAGCGAACAGUUAGUGACACUCGACUUUUGUCACCACAAUUGCCUAUAAACCAAGUCAUAACAGAAGCUGAUGUCCACAACCCACCUAUCGGUAUCUCAAAACGAAGCCGUCAUUAAUAUUUUUUCUAAAUUAUGUAUUCAUAUUUAAAUAUUACUUAUUUUAUAAUUUUUGGAAAUAUUUUUUUA